AUGAUGUAUCGCAGUCUCGCCACGGCGGCGCGCAUGGUACCUACUAUGCGCGCCCAGGCCGUUCGAUUGCCUAGGCAAACGCCUCUCUUCAUGAUGCAGGCUAUCCGCACCUACGCCGACAAGGUUGUCCAGGUUCCCCAGAUGGCCGAAUCCAUCUCCGAGGGCACCUUGAAGCAGUUCAGCAAGGCCAUUGGCGACUUCGUAGAACAAGACGAAGAGAUCGCCACCAUCGAGACCGACAAGAUCGAUGUCGCCGUCAACGCCCCCGAAGCUGGUGUUAUCAAGGAGUUCCUUGUCGCCGAAGAGGACACCGUCACAGUUGGCCAAGAUAUCAUCCGUAUCGAGCUCGGCGGCGCCCCUGCCGAGAAGCCAGCCGAGAAGGAGGCUGAAGCCCCCAAGGAAGCCGCCGCUGAGUCCACACCCGCGCCCAAGGAGGAGUCCAAGCCUGCGCCCAAGGAAGAGCCCAAGCCCGCCCCUAAGCAAGAAUCCAAGCCCGCCCCCACGAAAUCUCAGCCCGAGGAGCCUACACCUACGCCCGGAGCUCGCGAGGAGCGUCGCGUCAAGAUGAACCGCAUGCGUCUCCGUAUUGCCGAGCGACUCAAGCAGUCCCAGAACACCGCCGCUUCGUUGACCACCUUCAACGAGGUUGACAUGUCCAACGUCAUGGAAUUCCGAAAGCUCUAUAAGGAUGAUGUUCUGAAGAAGACAGGUGUCAAGCUGGGUUUCAUGAGCGCCUUCUCCAAGGCUGCUGUCUUGGCUAUGCGUGACAUCGCAGGCGUCAAUGCCUCCAUUGAGGGCCCCAACGGAGGUGACACUAUUGUCUACCGCGACUACGUUGACAUCAGUGUUGCCGUCGCAACUGAGAAGGGUCUUGUUACGCCAGUUGUUCGCAAUGCUGAGACACUGGAUCUUGUUGGCAUUGAGAAGACGAUCGCAGAUCUUGGCAAGAAGGCUCGUGAUGGUAAGCUUACCAUUGAGGACAUGGCUGGUGGUACUUUCACCAUCAGCAACGGCGGUGUCUUCGGCUCCAUGAUGGGUACUCCCAUCAUCAACAUGCCUCAAAGCGCAGUCCUCGGUCUCCACGCUAUCAAGGAGCGCCCCGUUGCUGUCAAUGGCAAGGUCGAAAUUAGACCCAUGAUGUACCUUGCCCUGACCUAUGACCACCGUCUCCUCGAUGGCAGAGAGGCUGUGCAAUUCCUCGUCAAGAUCAAGGAAUAUAUUGAGGAUCCCCGGAGGAUGCUUCUAUAA